AUGACAGAUUCAAGUGCAAUUAAUGAGAAUCGUUAUCAUGUUCGAUCCAUUAGCAUGCCCUCAAAUUCUCAUCCUACUACUACUCGUAUUGAAGAAGAGCUGAGCAGGCUUAGAGCCUUAGAGUUGUCAAUAGUAUCAGGAUCCCCAUUGAAGGCAGAAUCAAUCUGUGUUGCUUUGUUGGGUCUUGUUGAGUUGUACAAAUGUGUAGAGAAUUUUCUUCAGAUGCCACAAACACGUCCGAUCCAGGUCCACCAUCAACCAGAGGGUUGGGUUGUUGAGUUGAUAGAGGGGUCAGUGACAUUGUUAGAUAUAGGUGGGAUUGCAAGGGACAUCUUCUUGCAGAUGAAGGAAAAUGUAAAACAUCUUCAGUCAGCACUUGGCAGAAGAAAAUUUGAAGAGAAGGUGUUGGGUAACAUGGUUGCCUCAUACACUUCCUUUAAGAAAAGGGCGAAGAAUGUCAGUGAGAGGCUUGUCUCUCAAGCUCCAUGCUCCAUGCUCAUCAUGAACAUGGAGUUUGUCUCUGAAGAAGCGAAAGUGAUCACCAGUGAGAGGCUUGGUGAGAAUGUCAGCAACCUGAUCUUUGGAAGAGAUAAAAUAGAUAGUAAGCCAUCAUGCAAGAACCAGAUCCCAGAGAAAAAUGGAAGUCAACCUCAACAUGCCGAGUCCGAGCACGAAACACAGGAUUGGCAACAAGAUAGGUGGAACUAA